AUGCGGCGCGCAGCAGUCGUGUCCGUCUUGGUGAUCCAAGCUUGGGGAUCUCUCUUCAUCGACGACUUGAACUUCCAGGCACCGUCGUAUCCCGCUGCCGUGCCGCUGUCGUUGCCGGAGGAGAGCAAGUGUGCUCCCGAAGGCUUCUAUGGAUACGAUGUCCUGCCUCUGAAUGCUUCGGAUGUGGCUGUCGACGAGUGGGAGGAUCCCUUGAAUCCGGGGUCGAUUGACUUGGCUUUGAGCUGCCCCUGCCGCUGUGAAUCGGCUGGGUGCGACAGCAGCUGUCAGUUCACCCUGCGAUUAGCAGCCAUUCCUGCGGUGAGGAGAGUCAUCUUCAAGUGCCACAGCUGCGGCGAAGUGCGCGCCAAAGAUCGGACCGGCGAGGAACGUGAGCGGGCGGUGCCUCCAGACUCAAGGUACAUCGUCGUUGAGGGCAGCCGACUGCAUCACAUCACGAUCGUAGGGCCAUCGGCCCAAGCGACGGAGGUCUCCUUCGAGCUGCAGAGUCGGGAGGACUGUACCAACGUCAGCCCUAUGGAUGAGCACCCCGAGUGCAUCCACCUCGAGGGCAGUUGCCAAGAUCUUUGGCCCGCCGACGAUCAGUUCUCGGUCAGCCAGAUGUGCCCGUUCACUUGUGGAAUGUGCGCGUACCCAUCUCCGACCCCCUUUCCGGAUACCACAGAGCCACCCACGGAUGCGCCCACGAGCUCCGAGACGACCACGGCCACCAGCUCUACGCGCACCACGAGCUCCGGUGAGCUGCCCGAGACGACGCCUCCCCCGGAUGGGCGGGAGCGGAUCCAGAUCGAGCAGCGGUCGCAUCCGCCACGGUUGGAUAGCUGGAUUCGGACCCCGCUUGCCGCCAAUUUCACUAGCUCUGGGCCCUGCCUGGAUACCCAUGCUCACUCGGAGGGCUUACAGCUGAGCCCUUUUGACGUCACAGCGGAUUUCUGGUACGAAGACCAUCGACCUGCCGGGCUCGCAUUGGUGUCUCCCUGCAACUGCAGCCACGUUCUGCCCGGUGCGCAGGCAUGCUCCUCUCUCAAUCGCCUGGAGUUUCACUUCCACCAUAUGCCACCGGUCCAGCGACUUGCAUUCACCUGCAGGUACUGUUCCGACAUCAACGCGCGGGACAUCGGUGAUGAUCAACCUGGGUUUGAAUGGGAAUCGAUCGCGUUAGAAGUAGAAGGCGACGAGCUUACCUAUGUGGUGAUUCGCGGCCAUCAGAUCCUGGGCGUGAACGUCGGGGGGCCUCGACCGGAAGUCCGAAAUCUGCAGUACAUGUUCGGCAGCCUGGAGGACUGUCGCCAACCAGGAAGAUCGUUCGAGUACUGUGCCGACUUGCCGCGGCUGGAGGGAGGCCUUGAGGAGCAGUGCAACGAGACCUAUGAGUCCCGUAGCUUCACCAUGCCGCACAGGGAGCUGUGUCCUGUGACUUGUGGCCGCUGCAGGACGGACAGCGACUCAGAUGACAAUGCUACAGAUGACAACGGCAGCGAAGGUAACUCCACAGAGUCGCGCAAACGGACGUUUGGUGCCAGCACACACAGGUCGCAUCCGAUCACCACCACCAAGUUACGCACAUCCACGACGACGAUGACCACCACGACAAUGACUAGCAUUACGGAGACCACCUUGACAGCAACGACAUUGACAGAGACGACAUCCACCCAGUCGACAUUGACACAGACCACGACGACACGGUUGACGAUCACGGCAACAACAACUUCGACCGUCUGGAUUUCGGAGCCCAUCUCACAGGCAGAAGAGGAGCUUCUACAGGAGCUGUUUGCAGAGAACAUCACUCAGGUCGUCACUCGCUCCGAAACAUCCACCAUGAUGGCGCAGCAGAUUAGCGUCGCUCAGGACGAGGAUGUUGCCGAGACCCGGGUGCAAGUGAGGGUCGAGGGAACGUCAGUCUCGGCCGCGAUUCCAAAACAGUUGGUGAAGGAAGCCGGUGGCAACAUCGUCGUUCUGAUGGAGGCAUCUUCCAGUGUGGACAAUGACUUUGUGCAGAAUCUGACGAACAACUCGGACACUACGGUGCUGGCUGUGCCAGCCGUUUCGGUGAAGCUGUGGGCAGGUGCCAUCGUGGCGGUGCGAGAUCUCGCAGAACCGAUCCUGAUCACUUUGUCUGAAGAGGCCAUGCCAAAUGCUGAAUGUGUCUUCUGGAACGAGACGGAGCAGCAGUGGUCCACAGCCGGCUUAACGACGGUCCAAGGAGGUACUGGCCUCGUCUGUUCCACCACGCAUUUGUCCAUCUUUAGCGCCAUUCUACGGCAGCUUGAGUGUCUGAACAUCCAGGUCUUGUCGGCAGCCGGAUUAGAGAUGGCCUCGGCAGUAGAGUGGACCGACAAGCCUUCUGCGAUUCUGCUCUACGCCGUGAUGGUUUUUUGGCUGUCGCUGAUGGUCUUCGCCUGGCGCCGGGACCUGCUUUACUUGCAGGAGACCGAUUGGACGGACCACAACUUCAUUAUGAAAGUCCCUCCUUCACACCGCGUGCCGAUAGGCAUGGACUACUGCAGGGGCCUUUGUAUGAGCAUCUGCAGCCUCUGCUCAAGACGACGGGCUGUGAGAGGGUUCCGGUGGUUAAGAACGAACGACGUUGGCGAGAGCAUGUUUCUAUAUGUCUCCUUGCUUGGCUUGCAUUCACUGCUGGCCGUGCGUAGCGGCCUCGCCGUCUCCACGUUGCGGAUGCAUCUGAUCAACAAACGCGGGUGGGUUCAGAAUGACCUCGCCACCUCCAGCUGCGGAAUUCUCCGAGCCCGGCUUUCUGCGCUCCGGAGCGACGUUCCCCAGGCCUUCGUGAGCUUCUACCAGCUCUCCUUCUUUGGCUGCUUUUGGGUCUUCUUCCAGGCCCUGCAUCCCUACACCGUCCGCCUUUGCCUGGAGCAGAGCGCUGCGAAGCAGAUCAAGCUGAAAGCCGACGUGAUGUUGGGUGCGCUGGUUGUGGCUGCCUUCUUCUUCGGCGUCACUGGCUCUGCCACCAGCAGCCGGAGCCCGCAGGAUUGUGCAGAUGCCCGGAUGUCCAUGGCACGCUUCGUGCUGAUCGGGAUCAUCUCUGUCUCUUUCGUGAGCUUCCCAAUCUCGAUGUUGGCUCACAUGUGGCAGCGAAGCUUCGUGGACGAAAGUGCACGCGGCCAUUAUACACGGGACAAGCAGAUCAUGUUCUGGCAAGUGCAGGACUUUGUCUUCUGGGUCGGCAGCUCCUUCUACACCCUCUUCUGCUGUCUCUUUAUUGCGCUCUUCAUAGCAAACCUCAGCGAGCUGGACCAGUGGAAGUGGCUGCUCACCUUCGCGGUCAUCGUGGUGCGAAUCGCCAUAGUUCAGCCGAUUGGCAUGGCGCUUCUCUUGGCUACCGCAACGAGAUACGUGAAGAUCCGCAGGCCGGAGUUAGUUCGCGAUGGCCACCCCAAGCUUCACUUCAAGCUGCCGAAGCAGGCUGCGCAUGCGUCCCUGAAGGUGAAGGAGCUCGCCUCGCGCAGCGUCUCCGUGGCAGAGCUCCUGCUCUUCUGGGAGAAGGUGCCCUAUUGCAUGCCCCAUUUCGAUGCAAAUCUGGCCACCACGCACGACGUUGUCCGGCAUGCCAUCAUCCCGCUCUCCAAAGUGCAGGCUCGACCCUUAGAUUCGUGCUCUUAUGCCACGAUCAUCGCAGAUGGAGACUACCGGCCUCCAGACUUUAUGGUGACGCACAACUGGGGCAACAAGUUCUGCCACCUCAUCGCCGCCAUCCUCUCCGAAGCCAUAGGGGAGAAGACGUACGAGACCACGGCUACACAGCUGGCGUACAAUCGGACAUCUGUCCUCUACACGGAGGCAGAUAGACUCCAGCGGCGCUACUGGGUGUGUUGCUUUUGUGUCAACCAGCAUGCGAGCAUCUGCGAUACGCCGCCUCCGACGGACUCGAUGGGGAUGCCCUUCUACCCCUGCACCUGCGGGGUGCCGAAGCACUGGAGUGGGCCGAACUGUGAGAUGGACAAGUUCGACGAGAUGAUCGGCUACCUCUCUGUCGUUGUCCCUGCCUUCUCGCAGGUGGUAGCCGUGGACAUGAACUUUACGGCCUUCACCAGAAUCUGGUGCAUUGCAGAACUGGCAGAAGCAAGGAAGAUGGACCUGCAACAGAUCCUCCUUGUCCAUUCCGACAAUGCGCUGCAGAAGAAUCUCCACAAAAUCGAGAAGCUGGACGUUCGCGACGCGCAGGCCUCUGUACCUGAAGACAAAGAUCGAGUUCUGGAGAAGAUAGACGACAAGGACUCAUUCAAUGAGUCGGUCCGCCAGCUGCUCCUGGACCGGAAUGUGGGGUUGCUUAGCCGGUUCCUUUUCGACCUGCACGGUCAGGCUGGGCCUCACGAUGCUCUCGAUGCCAUGACGCACGUCAUGGUGGAUGCAAUGAUUCCUGGGGUCAUCGAGUGA